CCCCUUUGCGCCAACCCGGCCCCUGAAAUCCAGUACCUUCACAAUUUCGCAAUUAGCAAUUAACAAAGUGCUAAGAUUCGCGCUCAAGCAGGCGCAACAUGUAUAUCCUUGGCAACUUAACCCGCAUCUAAUUUUCUACGUGAGGUAUAUUAUUAAUAACAUGUCUUAUUACACCGUUUAUGCUCUCCAGUUUUAUUAUUACAUUUACAUGUGAGCCGUAAGGUGUAGAUUCGGCUUCGUUCGCGAGAAUCGCCCCAUUGGCAGCCAACAAUGACCAUCGCCUUGAGCGAUUAUGGACGAUCCCUGGGGCUCGCCUUGGGCACUACCAGAAAACACAUCAAAGAAUGACCCUCCGAUACCAUCACCUCCGAAAAGCUUGCUUAGUCCACCCCCGAGAGCUUUCUUCGGCAGUGCAUCCAACUUCCAAAGCCAAUCCCCAUGGGCGACCGAAUAUGCGCACGGAGAAUGGACCAGUACAGAACAAGCUGACGUUGCGGCAAAUGUGGUAGACUGGGGAGUGUGGGCGGAACCGUCUCCGCUGAUUUCCCAGACGAGCCCAAAGCCUGACGAUUUUGGGAAAAGGAGUUCGGUUGCGUUACCAAGCAGCGCCGCGACAUCGCCCGGGCUGAGACCACUUCCACGCUCUCGAACUUCUUCCGUAUACCGUCACCACUCGCCAGAUCCGUGGGCAGCCGAAGUAUCGUUACAAGAUAGGAAGGGUGACUCUUCCACGCCCGUGAAUGCGUUAGGGAUCAACAACAUUAACUUACAGGAAGAAUUGGUUGAAGCCCCUGUAUCUGUAGUAAAAACGCAAGAUGAUGCUACGGAUAGCCAAGCAGCAAGAGAGGACCAAGACGAUAUUAGGACAGAGAAGAGCGAACAGAUUUUAGCCACCGAAUCUCAAGUAUGGGAGCUCCCGUCGCCGUCGCCGUCGCCGUCGCCAUCGCCAAGGACACAAAAACGACAGGAUUCGGGUUUUAGUUCUACACCGAAAGUUGACACCCAAGAUACCCUAUCCAGACCGCCAUCGACGCUAUCGCUUAGUAGCUCUCGCGGAGUAGAUCAUCAAGACUCACCGAUUACAUCAAUUGACGAAGACACUAAGUCGUGCCUCCCGAAAACUUCUAGGAAAGAUUCCGGAAAGGUUCAGGAGCUUGUGGGAAUGUAUGACGGCUUGACAAAAAUUCCUAGGGAAGAUCCAUUUAGGUCAACGCGACUUGAACUGCCAAAAACGGAGAACCGAGGGAGGUCACCAAGUCAGGCCAGAAGAUCGUCUUCACCUGCGCCUCGGUCUGGAGAUACUUCUAUUGAGGGUCAUAUUCAGAAAUCCUCUGAGCACGAGGUCGCAUUGGCAGCAACUACCUCAGCGCCGGUUCAGCAGAUUAUUGACAAAUAUGGUCCCAUACAGUUUGACAUCGACUUUCAGUUGGUCGAUAAGGUCUUCCCCGAUAUCGCCCAGGAUUUAAAAGAGGAUGACAAUACAAGAGAUAACAGUGGUGUACCGGAUCAAAUCAUCAAGGAUAGUUUCACAGCAAUCUCGGAGCGUAAAACUUGGUACCGUCUCUCACGGUAUGGAUCGAUGCGUAAGCAUGACUUGGGAGAUGAUGACAAUUACCAUAGAGUAGAAUGGUCAACAUCGCGUGUGCACAAUGAUGUUAUCAAAAUUAUUCGGAGAUGGAUGGAGGAGGAUUCAAUAUCCGGACGAGUCACUCCGGGUGCCGGUAUACGAACAAGCGUCUUUAAUUGGGAUUCUUCCGCAGCUCCUGUUGAUCUGGGUAAGGUAUUUGCUCGCAAGACCUCCAUCACGCACUCGCGAAAAACUUCGCUUCCAUCAACAAAACACAGUUUGGAAAAGCCAGCGCCUCCAACAUCUCCAAUAAAAAGUCCGAUCAAGCCGCCCGAUGCAGUUCCCGACACGCCCAGGCCAGCUUCUAUUCCUAGUUUCAACUGGAGCUCAGAUGCUAAAUCAUCCCCUACUACGCAAUCGAUUUCUAGCAGCAGUGACGGAGUCGAUCGCGCAACCAAUAUGCGCCGGCCAGGAGUAAAAACCGUAACGAUUGAGACUAUAAGCCACACCACAAUACCAGCACCAGCACAACUAAGCCAAGGCGAAUCCCAUGAGGAAAGCGAAGAUGACGACGACUGGGGAGAAAUGGUGUCGUCGCCCCGAGUAGAAUCUCAAAAGGGCCCCGCUCUUGCAACAGAGUUGAUAAGCAACAAAAAUGGGACCCCCUUACUUUCGACUAACAGUGCCAGCAAUGCUAGCAAUAUGGCCAUAAUUAACGAGAAGAGCAUAGAAACAGCCCAGAGCAGCAGCACAGCACCUGGACUUUCUACUUUGAUGCUUGGAGCUAUUCCGUCUCCAGCGCAACGUUCUACUCAACCAGCAUCCUUGACCGUGGAAACGCCGAAAGUUGACUCGUGGCCUGCGGUCGAUUUCUCCGUGUUCGAAGGUGUUUCUCCGCAGACCCCGAAGUCUCCAAGACAAGAUACUUGGCCUUUUGCCAACUUGUCUAUCUUCGAAUCGCCAGCAUCGGGAUCAGUGCCAGCUUUGAUACAGCCUCCAAAUAUAAAAUCAAACCUUCAUUCAGGUCCCCGCACCAACAAUACAAAUAUGAACGAGGAGGUUAAGACAGCCAAGGCCCCUUUGAAGGCUGUACUGGGUCCGAUUGAAAACAAGACGCGCAAACAAGACGAAGAUAACAUUGUUAAAAAUGUUGUACAAAAUCUACCUGAUCUAUCAUACAUGCUACAUUAACAUGUUACUCCAUAAGAUUAUAUCUACUUGGGUAACUUAUUGAGUUGUUCCGGGACCUCGACGAUUGGAAUAAACAAAACGGAGUUUAGUUCUCCUGGGUACCUAUUAAGUGAAGCAUUGCUUUAGGGCGUUUAACGGUAUUGGGAUUAUUACAUUAUAUUUCUGUAGCGCAUAUGAGCUUCAGCAUUCCGCAGGGAGUUUAAUUGACGAAUGAUAGCAAACGAGAAAUAAUUGACUUAAUUUUUAUGUACCUGUCAGUGGUCCGAGUUGAUGUUGGAAUUUGAGACUUGAAAUGUUGCAUAAGCCACCGCUUCUUGAGGC